UCUGUUCAGAAAUCCAACAUUUUGGGUAUGGAAGGUUUUAGGGCCAACUGGAUUUUGCCCUUGAACGAUAAAGAUGUUAAUAAAUUACUCCAGUUUGGACUCUAACAAAAAAAUAAUAGUUAUCUUGGUUGGUGGCUGUGAGCGGUUCUAACUUUUUCCCAGUACUGAAACAGCUGAUUUUCUUGAUAAAAACGUCAGUUUAAUCAUUAACCUUGGGGUUGAAAAGGUUUUACAUUGCAUGUUGUUCUGCAGUCCAGCGAGCGCUUCACCAUGAGCACCUUCGCGCACAUCCUCAAGGAGAUCGGCGAGUUUGGGUUGUUCCAAAAGCGCUUGGUGGCGGCCUUGUGCGUCCCCAGCGUCUUCAUCGGCUUCGACAUCAUCGGUCAGGUCUUCGCGGGCGUUGACUUCCCAAACUACUGCAACACUGACUGGAUCCUGGAGCGAGUGGACGCCAACCUGACCAGGGAGAGGCAAAAGCGGCUCACCAUCCCCGUGAGCCCGGAUGGAAGCUUCCAGAGCUGCCUCAUGUACACGGCAGUCGACUCCGACCUGGAGACCAUCGAGCUGUACGGCCUGAACGCGACCACGGGCUGCCUCAAUGGAUCCGAGUUUGAGGUGCCAACUGGGGCAUCCAGCAUUGUGACAGAGUUUAAUCUGGUGUGUGACAGGAACACGUUGAUUGAGGCGUCUCAGUCUAUUUACAUGGCUGGACUUCUGAUUGGCGCCUUCGUGUCGGGCUCAAUGGCUGACAGGUUUGGUCGCCGCUUAGUGGUCUUGCUCGCCCAUCUUCUUCUUCUCUUGUUUGGCGUCAGUGCUGCCUUCUCGCCCAACGUCUACGUUUACAUUGCUCUCAAGUUUAUGUGUGGCGUGUCCGCGGCGGGAAUCCUCGCCAACGCAUUCGUCAUAGGUGGCGAGUGGUGCGAGUCGUCCAAGUUUGCCUUCUGCACCAUCGUCAGUCACAGUUUUUAUGCCAUCGGUCUCAUGCUGUUGUCCGGUCUCGGCUAUUUGAUCCGCGACUGGAGGAUCCUCCAACUGGUCCUCUACAGCCCUCUUCUUCUUGUCCUGCCCGUACUUUACUGGAUUCUCCCAGAAUCAGCUCGCUGGCUCAUUACUCAGGGCAGGAAGGAGGAGGCCGUGAAGGAGGUGCGCAAAGCGGCAAAAGUCAACGGGAGGGAAGUGUCGCAAGAUCUGCUGGACAAGAUGGAGGUGGCUGUGACGCCCAAUAGAGGGAGCACGUUGGACAUCUUCCGGAUAUCAUAUCUGAGAAAACGAGCGCUCAUCAUGGGCUACGUCUGGUUUGGAGUCAGCUUCAUGUACUACGGCCUGAGCCUGAACGUUGGCAACUUCGGACUGAACAUCUACCUGACGCAGUUCAUCUUCGGCCUGGCGGAGGUUCCCGCCCGUCUGGUUUCUUUGCCGCUCAUCGGGCGCUUCGGGAGGCGACGGUGUGAGGCCAUCUUGUUAAUGGUCGGAGGGGCCGCUUGCCUCGCCGUCAUCGCCGUGCCCGAGGACCUUCCUGUCAUUGCAACGGUCAUAGCCAUACUUGGGAAAUUUGCAUCCACUGCCUCCUUCACCAUCCUGUAUGUUUACACAGCAGAACUGUACCCCACCGCACUUAGGCAGAGUGGCGUAGGUCUGAACUCCAUGUGCGCUCGCGUGGGAGGCAUCCUGUCUCCCCUGAUAAGGCUCCUGGGGGUCUACCAUGACGCCAUCCCCAUGCUGUUGUACGGGGCCGUACCUACUAGUGCGGCGGGCCUCUGUCUGCUGCUGCCAGAGACCCUCAACGCCGAACUUCAGGAACACGCCCGGCCAAGGAGGAUUGACAGUAGGUACGAAGAGGUUGAAGAAAAACGAGGCAAAAGCACAGCGUUAUAGUUGAUAAGAACGUUUAUGGAUGCUUGCUCUGUUGUCGUGGCAACAUCAGCUCAUAAAUGCAGAGCGCCAGAGGAUUUUGUCGACAGGUUUUGUUACUAUUUGUAAUUAUUAAACAUGUUUUUUUUUAAUAAUAGAAACAUGAUGUGGCCACAAUGUACACUACGCCCAAAAAGUUAGGAAUAUUUGGCUCUCUGGUAAAACUUCAGCAUGAACUCAACAUGCACUAUGACCUUUACAGGUGAAAACAGCAAGUUGUGCUCAAAGUAAUGAAUCAUUGAACAGUUGAACUUUACAAAGUGUGGAGUAGAUCAAAUUAAGUUCAACUGUAAAGGUUCAAGUGCAUUUUAGGUGCAUCCUGAAAUGUUUCAAGACAAAAUAAUAAUUUGUGGGUUUAAGAUCAUACCCACUAAGCACUUGGACAUCUGGUUAAGCAUAUAGAGGGCACCUUCGUUUUCCCUUAGCACUUCUUAAGAAGGUGCAGAAAUAUUAGCAUUAUUAAAUUGUAUGUUGUACAUUAUACCUACUUUGUGGCCACAAAUUAUUAUUUUGUGUUUACUUUAUAUUGUUAUUAUGGCCACGUCAUGUCUAGGGUUCCGUAAAUACUAUAUAUAUAUUUGUCAAAUAUAUUUUCUCUGCACUCCUGUUUAUAUUGACCUUUUAAUUGCUUGUAUGCAAAUAUUAUGGAACAGAAAAACACAGAACAAAGGACACUAAACAUGAAAAGCUGUGUGAAGUAGGUGACUGUUGAGUUUUUGUUUGAAAUUGUCUGGCGGUGGGGCGUGGCAGAUCUCAGAGGGGAGGGCGUUCCAGAGGGUGGGUGGGGGCCGGCAUGCUGAACGAAGCCUCUGGCCCCAAAAGUUCGCAGCCUGGUGUAGAGGAUGGAGAUGAGACCAGAGUUUGAAGACCUCAGAUCCCGGGAUUGGUUGUACGGGUGGAGGAGGUCUGACAAGGCAAGCGCAUGGAGGGAUUUGUAGGUGAGGAGCAGGAUUUUGUAUCUGAUGUGGGACUUCACUGGGAACCAGUGGAGAUGGAUAAGCGUGGGAGUGACGUGCUGCCAGGGCUUCGUGUGGGUGAGGACCCUGGCUGCUGAGUUUUGGGAACACUGAAGCCCAUGUGAUGGUCUCUGAUACGGAAUCAGAGAGUGAAGGGCAGAGUCUGGAGAUAUUUUUAAGGUGGAAGAAGGCAGAUUUGUUAUGGAUUUGAUGUGGGAGUGAAAGGAGAGCGUGGACUAUACUGUAUGAUGACACCCAGGUGUCGGUCUUCAGUGAGCACCUUCGCGCACAUCCUCAAGGAGAUCGGCGAGUUUGGGUUGUUCCAAAAGCGCUUGGUGGCGGCCUUGUGCGUCCCCAGCGUCUUCAUCGCCUUCGACAUCAUCGGUCAGGUCUUCGCGGGCGUUGACUUCCCAAACUACUGCAACACUGACUGGAUCCUGGAGCGAGUGGACGUCAACCUGACCAUGGAGAGCUAAAAGCGGCUCACCAUCCCCGUGAGCCCGGAUGGAAGCUUCCAGAGCUGCCUCAUGUACACGCCAGUCGACUCCGACCUGGAGACCAUCGAGCUGUACGGCCUGAACGCGACCACGGGCUGCCUCAAUGGAUCCGAGUUUGAGGUGCCAACUGGGGCAUCCAGCAUUGUGACAGAGUUGAAUCUGAUGUGUGACGGAAGAAGGUUAAUUGAGGCGUCUCAGUCUAUUUACAUGGCUGGACUUCUGAUUGGAGUCUUCGUGUUGGGCUCAAUGGCUGACAGGUACACUUGAGGGUGGGAACGUAGAUCGACCGGUAAAUCGAGAGCUUCGCCUUUCGGCUUAGCUCCUUCUUCACCACAACGGAUCGAUACAAAGUCCGCUGCACCGAGCCGCCUGUCGAUCUCCCGUUCCAUUCUUCCCUCACUCGUGAACAAGACCCCGAGAUACUUGAACUCCUCCACUUGGGGCACGAUCUCAUCCCCGACCUGGAGAGGGCACGCCACCCUUUUCCGACUGAGGACCACGGUCUCAGAUUUGGAGGUGCUGAUUCUCAUCCCAGCCGCUUCACACUCUGCUGCGAACUGCUCCAGUGAGAGUUGGAGGUCACGGCUUGAUGAAGCCAACAGAACCACAUCAUCUGCAAAAAGCAGAGAUGCAAUACUGAGGCCACCAAACCGGACCCCCUCUACGCCUCGGCUGCGCCUUGAAAUUCUGUCCAUGAAAGUUAUGAACAGAAUCGGUGACAAAGGGCAGCCUUGGCGGAGUCCAAUCCUCACCGGAAACAAGUCCGACUUACUGCCAGAUAUGCGGACCAAACUCUGACUCCGGUCGUACAGGGACCAGACAGCCCGUAUCAGGGGGUUUGGUACCCCAUACUCCCGAAGCACCCCCCACAGGACCACCCGAGAUCAGAAGUGCUUGCAGAAAUAUAUGGGUCAUAUUCAUAUAAUUUGAUUAAUAAUGGUAAAGACUCAAGUUGACCGAGGAGGAUUGACCGACGAUACGCAGAGGUUGGAGAAAAAUGAGGCAAAAACGCAGCUACAUAAAUCCAAGUUAUUGUUAUUAUUGUGGACGAUUACAGGUGCACGCUCUGUUGUCUAAUUUCUGGGUUUUACAUCAGACACAUGAACAACUUGGGCGCACCUUCGCUAGAACCUGCAAUAUGUGACUUUAAUCUAAAAAAAAAAAAAUGCUUUAUCUAAAAAUAUAUAUAUACUUUUUUCUCAAAUACUUUUUUUUUAAAUGGCGGAAAUAUAUUACUUUUAUCAAGAAAUUAUAUUAUUAGAUUCUCGAAAAUAUGCCCUUAUAUAAAGAACAACUUUUUAUCUUUAAAAUACACAAAUAUGAUUCUUCUUAUUUCUCAAAUACAGUAUAUGACUUAACUCUAAAAAUAUACAUUUAAAAAUCUUAAGACCUCGCAUUUUUCUUUCAAAAUGAACUGUGUUUUUUCUGCAUGAAUAUACUGUUUUGUAAUACCACUACAUAAAUCUGAAAAAUACAACCUCUCAUCUUGAAAAUAUACAUAUUACAACUUAUUUUCCAUCAAUUGUUCUUCUUGAAUCUAAAAGAAAUAUGACUUUUUACCUCAAAGUAUACAAUUUUAUUCUUGUGUCUAAAAUAUAUGACUUUUUAUCUAAAAACUUUGUAAUCUCAAAAAUACCAUUUGUAUAUUCUUUCCCCUGAUGUCAUGUCUUGGGUUUUGUACACUGUAUAUCAACAAUUCUUUUUUUUAUUUAGAAAAUGUUUUACAAUAUCGAUAAAAAUAUUGCUAUAAAUUGUGGGAUCCAGGUGACUGUAAUCCGCUAAGGUCGAAUUGAGGCAACUGGACUCUUCUGGCUUGUUGAAUUUUUUUUGUGAGUCGUGUGACCGCUGUGACAACUGCAGGCCACAUUGUCAUGGAGGAGAGGACAUUUCACAGGCCACAAUCGACCUCCCACCUCCCGGGACCCCCGAAUACAGUAAAACUGCACAUUGAGUGGCGUUUUAUUGUGGACAGCCUAAAGCACAUCUACAUCAAUUCUUGUGUUUAUAUAUUUGUUCAGUGUAAAUACAUCAGGAGCUGACAUUUUCA